ACUACGGAGUGUCACAGCCAUGGUGGUUCUCUCAACCGCGACCUUGCAGUUGCAGACGUCAGGUUCUCUGAGUCACUUUGCGACCGUCCGAGAUCCAUGGUACAAGACGCUACUGGCGGCCAAUGAAGUCACGUGGCUGAUUACCAUCGUCAAUGACAUCUUGUUGGUCGCCACGGGACCGUAUGCAGCGCACUAUGUCGUUCUCAACGGUGUGCUGGUGUGGAUCGUCGCUGCGGUCAUAUCGAUUUGGGCGCCCGUGACGGCCACGCUCUCGGUGAACCUGACGUGCCAAGUCGAGGCGGUCGACUACCAAGUGCUCUGCACCGCGGGCACGAUUGCCAUUGGCCAUCUUGGUCGCAUGGCGCUCUUGAUGGGACUGGUCCUCGUCUCCCAUGGUAUCUGCUACGUCGUCGUCAGAAGCUACCACCCCCGCUCGGCGACGGGUGUCACGUCACUUUUUCUCACGUCGGGCGCCAAGUAUUUGUUUACGCAAUCGCCAUGGAUGCACAAUAACGUCUAUUACGUGGACCGUGCGUCCGCAGCGCUCGAUGGACUUUUGACACUACGACUCGGUGCGGAGAUGGUCAUAUUCGACAUUAAACUCUGGCGCGUGUUCCUCCUCCCGAUGCCCCCCAAGACGAGCCUGCCGCAAGCGCUUGUCGUCGCGACACCACUCCGCGACGAUGCGUUGCUAUAA